CGGCUGCAGGAUGAAGGUGAAGCUCGUGGCCGCUUGUUUGCUGCUGCUGCGGCUCAGCGCGUGCGGAGCUAAACGAGUGUACUUUGAAUGUGGAGCGAAGGUGGACGUCAUGGAUGUCCAGGGCCUCGUUCUGUCCCCUGGUUUUCCCUACAAUUAUUCCUCCGGGACCCACUGCGUCUGGCAGUUCUUUGUGCCUGUUGGCCACCAGCUCAUCAUGGAGAUGUUUGAUUUUGACGUUUUCGAGAGUAACGGCAGUCCAGCAAGAAGUCCGACCAUGUCUGCGUCAACUCCGGAGGAGGAAGAGGAAACUCUCAGCUCUAACGUCGGCGUAUUACUUUCCAAAAUCAACCUAGCCAAUAAUCAGAACGUGGCGAAGGAAAAUCAGCGACCCAUGCAGAACGCGGAGGUCAAGCAGGUAGUCGUCCAAGUGGAGUCCAAUAAAAUGGAGAUGGCGAAAGUCUCCAACUCAGCCAAGCGUUCUAAUGAGUCCCCUUCUGCCACGCCUCCAGAUCCUCCACCUUCUCAGCUGCUCUCUGGCCCUCAACCACCUGGAAAUAAAGCCCAGAACUCUGUAUCCCCUCAAUCAUCAAGAUCCUCCAAUGAACCCAAAGACAAAGUGGCUGGCCUGCUUCUUACUACUCCUCCAGCCAUCGGCACUGAGGACGGCAUGAGUCCAGAGACCCAGCAGCCCGUAAUGGAUGCUUGCCCCCAUGAUGUCCUGUAUAUUUCGGACCUGAUCUCCUUCUCUUCACGAUUCUGCGGCUCCAAUCGUCCGUCCAGCAAUCAGCUCGUUUUCGGGUCAGAUGUAGAGAUGGUGGAAGUGAUCAUGGAGUUAAUCACCACCACCCAUUGGGGCCGGGGGUUCGCCCUGCUCUUUCGCUACCACAACCACACCCAGGUGGCCGCAACUGGAGGACAAAGGUCGUUAGCACGCUCUGGUGGCACGGUGGAUGUGCUGCUAGCUGUCGUUAGCGGAGCUGCUUUCUUCGCCAUGGCCCUUGCCAGCGUUCUCUGCAUGAUAUUGAGACCGAAACUAUGUGCUAAAGGAUCCAACAGCACGUCGUCCAUCAACUCUGAGGUUCCAGAGGGGGCGCCAAACUCAAGCGCUGAUGGCAGUGAACUGCAGCUAGUGGCUGCAAAUCAUGCUGAGCCACAGCUUGUUCCUGAAAAAGACAACAGCCUCAGUCCGCCUCACCCAGGCUCAGUGAGUGGGUGUGACGUUUCCCAGAAUGCCGAGCUGCAGUGUUCUGAUGGACUGACCGAGUUGGAGUUGGGGACGGAUGAGGUGUUUGUGAUUUCCUCCGGGCCAAAUACAGCCGGACCACCCUUCUCCCCUCACACACAACGUGAAAGGUUUCUGCGACACAGUGACACGGGACCUGCCCAACCCUCUGAUUGGCCGACUCCUGACUCUUCAGCUCUGUCCACGUCCAGCAGAGGUGGUCAUGUUGGAUCAGUGGUCAGCGCACGUCCUCGGGCCUGGAGCGUCCGAACCUUCCACGACUUCCUGCCACCUCUCCCUCAGCUGCACAAGAAAUGGUGUAGCUGGAACUCAACCAGUCCCUUCACCAAACUGGUGGACAGUGGUUCUCCCAGCUCUCCAUCAGAUGGUCGUGAUGACGUGACGACGAAGGUUUUAUCUGAUGGUCAUCUUCAGGACCGAGGAACCAGCUGUAAGUCCGAAUCGUCCAUGAGCACGGCCUCCUAUCCGAUGUCGCAUUCGGCCCACAGACAGCGCCGCCUCAACUCCACCAGCAACCUGCGCCGCGCCCGCUUUAAUGCCCCCUGCUUCGGUCUGUUCUCCACAUCCCCCGAGUCCUCCAAACUACAGGGGGGUUCUAACGGGAGCGCCGCUGCAUCUCACCAGCUUCCAGAGCCCAGUGGCGCCCCCUCUGGCCAACAGCAGCAGAAGCUGGGAGAUACAGCAGCAGGAGACAGCAGUAUGUCAUACAGUGUCAGAAGUCACCCUUCCGAGAACGAUCAUGUGUCUGUGCCGGUGUUUGCCAUCUCCGAGGAGGAUGACCGGCAGCCCCUGGUGUUAGCGGAGGACUUGGCGCGGCCAUCCAUGGUGAACGGGCAGGGCUACGAGAGUCCUAAAAAGCCAUUCGGCUCCACCCACUCUGCCCCACCCCUGACGACAGAGGAGUCGAAGCUGGCCAUUUUGAAAAACAACAAGAUUCAGCUUCCCUCCCUCAGCCAGGCGACCGUCCAGUGCAGCUUGAUGGGGAAGGACAUGUGACCAAGACGGUGAUAUAAGAAGUGACUUAUAGAGGCCAGAGCAAGUGCUUUAGGUAAUUUUGGUAGGGAGGCGGGAAAAACAAUGCAAAUUGAUUAAAGACACAUUGAUUUCCAUCAUUAGAGCGCACUGCAAAACCUUGGAGAGUGAAAUCAUUUUAAUGACCAAAUUCCACCAACUUUUCAAAAUUCCUCAAUAAUUUAGUGAGUGAGGUGUAAACAGAGAUCCAG